CCUUUCUCAUUAUACAUGGUCAACGAGACAUUUAGAACAUGUUUAAAUCAGCAUGACAGCACACACACAUAUACACACACACACACUCGCAGCAGCGCCACAUCAGACCCACAGAGAGGCAGACAGCAUCCCCCCAGCUGUGUUUUUCUCGCCGUGUGUGUGGAGAUUUAGGAGAUCAAGUUUCCACAUGAGGGACUUUCAGGAUCCUGAAAGCUGAGUCGGAGGUGAAACUGUGUGUUGAUAACGCUGUGUGUUCAGCGGGUCAUUGACCUGACAGGACCAGGUUCAUACUGAGACCUACAGAGCUGACUCUGACUCCAGCAGAGGAUCAGACCAGGACCAGGUUCAUACUGAGACCUACAGAGCUGACUCUGACUCCAGCAGAGGAUCAGACCGGUUCACACUGAGACCACAACCAAAAGCACUUCACUUCAGCCUCCAAAUCUGAGCCCACGGUGUCUACCGCUGUCUCUUGGUGUCUCCCGGUGUCUCCAGCUGUCUCCCGGUGUCUCCCGGUGUGUCCCAGUAUCUCCUGGUGUCUCCGGGUGUCUCCCGGUGUCUCCCAGCAUGUCGCCGGGCCUGCAGGUUGUGGGUCUGAUUCUGGGCGUGGUGUCCUGGUGUCUCCAGUCCAGCUGCACGUCGUCCCAGGUGUGGAAGACGCGGAGCCAGGUGGAGUCGGUGAGCAGCAGCCAGUGGCAGUUUGAGGGUCUGUGGAUGAGCUGCGCGGCCACGUCGCUCGGCUCCGUGCAGUGCAGCAAGUUCAAGACGGUGCUGGGCCUGCCGGCCCACCUGCAGGCGUGCCGGGCUCUGAUGAUCCUGUCUCUGCUGCUCGGCCUCGCCUCCAUCAUCGUCUCCGUUCUGGGACUCCGCUGCACCAAGAUCGGCCGGACCUCGGAGCGCGCCAAGGACCAGAUCGCCCUGACGGGAGGAGUCCUCUUCAUCCUCUCCGGCGUCUUCACUCUGACGGCCGUGUCCUGGUACGCCGGCAGAGUCAUCCACGACUUCUACGACCGCUUGUACGGCGGAGUCAGGUUUGAGCUGGGUACUGGUCUGUAUCUGGGCUGGGCGGCCUCCUGUCUGGCCAUCCUGGGAGGAUCCAUGCUCUGCUGCUCCUGCAGGAAGACUGUCCCCCCCACACGCCAGUUCUCCUACCACCUCUCCACCACCAGCCAGGGCCAGAAGAUCUACCGAGCAGCUCCGGCCUCGGACAGCGGCAGCGCCAAAGCUUACGUCUAACCCUCUCUGACGUCACCACGCCAUCUCAAUCAGGGCCGAAGAAUCCCCAAAACCUGUUGCUUCUAAAUACAAAAUGUCACGUUUGUUUUCCAUCCUCGUGUUCUGUCCAAUCAGCUUUUUCUGACGUUUUCAUCUCUUUUAUCGACACUUUUGGCUCAUUUUUCAAUGCUUUUGGCUCUUUUUUUUAACGUUUAACACUUUCUUUCACUGCCAUGUAUAAACACCACUAACACCAACUUAUCACCAGUUUUACACUUAUUUUUGUCAACGGUCAAUACACCUCAUUAUAGAAAAUUAUCCCUAAUUCUUGAGUUAAAAAAGCAGAAAUUAUGAAUGCUUUAGACUCAUAUUGAAGGAAGGGUAAUCACAGAAAGGUAUGUCAGCGUUCAGUCUGGGUUUGAAAACUAAUUUUUUUUUAAUAAAAAUCCAAAAGUCAAUGAAAGUCGAGAUCCGAUCUUUUGUUGUACUUGCGAAGCGCGAUGUGUGGAAUCAUCCAAAAUUAGGUUCUUAAAAAGAAACCCAUAGUUUUCUUUUUUAAGAUCAUUUUUGGGUCUUUUCUGCCUUUAUUUGGAUAGGACAGCUAGGUGAGAAAGGAGAGAGAGAGAGAGAGAGGGGAAGAGAUGCAGGAAAUCCUCACAGGUCGGAUCCGAGCCCUGGACCUCUGCGUCGACACAUACACCUCUCAGUAUAUGUGCGCCUGCUCUACCCACUGAGCCAACCCGGCCACUGAAACCCAUAUUUUUGAUAUAGACAUUUUUAAAAACGGGUUAAAUUUGACCGUAAGACAACACAAGGGUUAAACUACAGGAGUUUUAUUGUGAAGGGCUUCUGAUGCUUUAAGAUCUUGAUGUUCCUGAGAUUUCACCUGAGGGCUUUCCUGUUGUCGAGUUGUAAAUAAAUGUUUCCUUAAUCUGUGCAA